CAGCCAAUAGGAUGUCAUCGAAGCUGGAGCGCAUGCUUCUGAGCACAGAGAAAAGUUGAGGAAAAGUCUGUGGAUAUUGGAUUUGGUGUCGCGAACGUGUGAGCAAUUCAAUCCCCUCGUGAGCUGUUUUCGUUAGACGUUAUUUUAUUUAUUUGCACCCUCGGGCUGGAGGGUGCAAAAAAAAGCUAGAAAGAACCCCAUCGGUCUGAUGGUCCCAUUUGUCUAUUAAUGGAAUCUUCACCAUCAUUAGCUGGAUAUAACCAUUGUCCGCGCUAAGACGCUCCAAAUCCUGAACUGCACGUGAAUGCCAGGCUUUGGAUGGAUCUCUCUGAAUACCCCUCACUAAGGGAUUCAGGUGCAACCACGUGAGUAACUUCCCCUCAUUUUUUUAUGUCCAAUUCCCACCUUCUCCAUGUGAUAAGAACUCCCACCUAAACCAUCCACAUGGUGCUCAAAGACCUCUCUGAGACUGUAUAAGUGGAAAUUCCGGAUGCAAAUAUACCAAAUUGCCUCUAGAGGAACAGGGAGAACAAGAAGAAAAAGCGAGAGAGAAAAUGGGAGAACUGGAAGGGAUGGAUAAUUGAGUCGUCAUGCCAACUUCUACCCCUAAACUUUUAAUAUUUAUUUGCUGAUUUGUGGCCGUUGAAGUUCAGUCAGUGGUUGUUGGUUCACAUAUCCAGAUCAAUUGGAUCAAUCUGCUAUAGGAAGAUCUUUUCAAGAAAUUGACAAUUUCCCGUGCUGAAAAUCACGUGAAAGGUGCUAAGUGGAUAAGUGCAAGAGUUUUGUGAGAUUCUGUGAUAUUUUUUUUCGGAUUUUGAUCUACAAAUCCGUGCUCCCAAACUCCAGGAACCGUCGCUGGUAUUCCGUCUUAAAAACAAAAAACGACUAAAUUAAUUUCUCACAAAUUUUGGGAAUGAUGAUGUCCACGUCUCAUUCAGGCCAAUUGGCUCUGAGACCUUCACAGAAUAGCCCUAUUCCCAUUUCUAGGCCUCGAGCUGUCUAUUCUAUUGAUCAAAUUCUUGGAACGCAUCCGCAUAGAAAAAACAAUGAUCAAGAGAACAUCAUGAAAAGCGACUCAGGCGCGAUGGAGAGAGAUUCCCUGAGUGGGGGACAGGACAAUGAUGAGGAUUUGCCCAUAAUGAGCGACAUGGACGGGCCGGAUCACGAUGUAAAUGACCUCAAUGGACGACCAAGGAAGAUUCGAAGAUCUCGCACCACUUUCACCACCUACCAGCUCCAUCAGUUGGAAAGGGCCUUCGAAAAGACACAGUAUCCGGAUGUCUUCACCCGCGAAGACCUCGCCAUGAGAUUGGACCUCAGUGAAGCUCGUGUCCAGGUUUGGUUUCAAAAUCGCCGUGCCAAGUGGAGAAAGAGAGAGAAAGCCAUGGGGAGGGAUACAUCAGGUUUCUUACAUCAUGAACAAGGACUUCCCGAAUUUCCACUUCCGAUUCCACUGGCGCACAAUUUGGCUCACCCAACCCUUCCGUCGGAGUUUUGGCCCUCCAAUUUCACCCUCCAUCCCUCACUCAUUGCACCUAAUCCCACGCUCAUUCACCAGAAUCUCCUGCCCAACUACAAGUUACCCAACUUCCAUGCCAUCCUCUCACAGUACAUGGGUCUCAACAAUUUAGGCCUCUUCAGUGGCUACCCACAAAAUCUCACCGUCAACACCAAUGGUCGGCAGAGUCCUGCCACGAGCCCCAAGGAGAGCCCCACUCGAGAGGGAGACAAGUAGAAAUCCUCAGCAGCUGAAGAAGAGGAUAACGUAUGUAAAAAAAAAUUGUAAAUAGACCUCCCUCGGGACAUAGUCUUUCCGGACAAGAGGGGGCCAUCAAGUGGCAGAACACAUUCCACAAACAGUGAUCAUCACGAAUUGUAUUUUACUUCUGUUUGAAGAUAGCAAUUGUAUCAUUAAUAAAGAUUAAGAAAUUCAUAAAAA